CGACAAGUUUAGUCAUCUUGCAGUAGGUUAAGUGCAGAGGAGUGAAAUUGGUUGGCGAACGGUGACAAGCUUCUAUCAUCGACGAGAAAAAAGAAGAUUCUCCAGCAUUAACGCCGCCUGGCCGGGCUUUUGUCAUGACGCCCAUGUGUUCAGGGUGUCUGAACUUUGUCGGCACAUGGAGGAAAACCAUCAAGAUUACCAGCGAGGAGUAUUGCUCGGUGACUCCGGGUAUCCAUGUAGACCUUUCCUCAUGACGCCAUACUUAAAUCCAGUCACUGACGCAGAAAUAAGGUUCAACACUGCCCAUACAGGAACUCGCAACCUCAUCGAACGGGUGUUCGGGAUGUGGAACAGGAAGUUUCAUGUACUGCCAUCAGAGAUAAGGGUGAAGACAGCAAAGUGCUCGAAAGGUAUAGUCGUUUGUGCAACUCUGUACAACCUCGCCUUGCUCUGGAAGGAGCCCGAUGUAGUCGACGUAGUUGUUGACGAACAGUCUGCAGCCGACACAUACAACGGACAAAUAGACGGACGAGGUGUUAGGGCGCACAUCGCAAGCGCAUACUUCUCUUGAGACUGCGUUGCCUUCGGCUUGAUGUCAGGUACUCGAGCCAGUGUAGCUCCAACCACGUUUGAGUUCUCGUCGUCAUGAUUUGACGCCGCAUUGUCUGUUCAUACAUUACAUAAUUAACAUGUGUUGCCUUUCCUUAAAACUCAUGUUACCUAUUUGUAAGAUGAACAACUUUGACACAAAUUAAACAUGAGCUCAUAUUGAAUGUUCCUUAAUUUAUCAUGAUGGAAGCGAUAUAUUAAAAAUCCAUUGCCAAAAAUGACAAUAUUUGUGUUAUUUAACCAAAAUAUAAUAUACCUGUGUACUUAUUUGAUCAUUUCCAGUAA